UUUAUUUUUUGGCGCUUGGUGGUUAACUGCUUCGCGCUCUAGCUCUUGCUUCAUUCCCAUUUUCCAGUGCAGAGAUUUCCCAAAAUUGGAAUCCAGCAAGAAAGAUCCAAUCUUCAUAACAAGUUUGUGGAGAAAGUUACAAGCUUUCCUCACUUGACUAAAGGAAAAUGCGAGCUUCUUUGUGUAAAAUUCUCGCCUCUUCUUUUGUUGUUCGUUUCAUCUAGGUCUGUGUCAUACUCCUUGUGCUCCUUCGACCUUUUUCCUUUUUGUCCUGAACAGCUUAUCCAAGAGGUUUAACAAGUUUUCUGGGAACAUAUGCUUAAGUUGGAUCUAAGGGAGAGAAAAUUUUGACUAUGGGGGAUCACUUCGUCUUGCUUGUAGAUAGGUUGAUUACUGAGUCCACACUAGAAGCUGCUCUGGAAAGCCAAAAACGGUCAAUGGAGGUGGCAUCCUCUGCUGUGAAAGAUACAGAGGUUGACGUCUCUGUAGUGAAUAUGGAUAUUAGAGACAUGAGAUCUCAGGGGAAAUUGGUACAGUGCAGGAUAUGCCAUGACGAGGAUGAAUUCUCCACAAUGGAGACACCUUGUUUGUGUUCUGGUAGUUUGAAGCAAUUUAAACCCGGUUACACUGCUCCCCCUCCACUGUUUCGAUUAGCGCGUCUUCGAAUGAAUUUCAGCAGGAGAAAGUGGGAAACAUCAAGAAGAGACUUGCAAUUGCAUAAUGCUACUCAAAUUGUUCGUGUUGUCUCGCCUGACCAGAAUCUUGCCGAUUUUACCUGUGAGCAGUGUUCAGCAUCUGCUAUCUUUUGUUCAAUUUCAAUCUUUAUCUUGAUUAUACUGAUACUGAAACAUGCUCUCUCGCUACUUGAAAUGAUUGGAAGUGUGGAAUAUUCCUUGCCAAUCUAUAUGUUAUUGCUUGCACGGAUUCUGGGUGUGACUUUGUCUAUUUAUGUCAUGCGGAGAACUGUGAACUUUGUGCAGCAGCAGCGGCAACAACGACUAGUGGAACCUCGUACUGCAUCUGGUAGUCAAUACAGCAACCAGAAUGACCAACAGGCUUUGCAACGUCAGCCACAAGUUGCUCCUGUAUAGUUCUUUUAUUUUUUUGCCCCAGAAAUAAAGCACAGUGUUUGUAGCAGAUGCAGUAAAUGUUAAUCUGUUUUUGAGAUUCAAUUCAGAUAGAUCAGUUUCCCAAUUACUGGGAGAGAGAA